AUGCAUCGCGAACAUGUCUUCUCUCGACUGGCCAGUCCCAUCUGCCUUCUCGACGCUUUUACACGCACCAGAAACCAUAAUAAGAUGAGUCGUGUAGGAAGAGGAAGGCGCACUCGCGUCUACGAUUGUAAUUACAACAAAGGAGAGAGUUACUAUCGCCCUGUUUUAGAUCGACUUGAUGGCAAAGCACCUGUAGCCAGAGAACCUGAAAAGGACAAGAUCAGGUCUGACGUGGGAAAUCGUAUACGAAGCGCUCUUGAUGACAUUGAAACUCCAGGAGACGAGUUCUUUGACUCGAGAGGCGCCCAUGCUUCUAGAGGCAAGCCCCUGUCCUCUGCUUUUGAAGACGAUGAUUUGAGUGAAGAUAUCGCAGAAUCUCUCAAACGCCUACGUGCAGGUAAAAAGACUUCACGAUUCACUGAAGAUAUCGAUUUCGAAAACAGCGUUGCCAGUAUUGAGAACCGAAUGAAAAUUUCUGAUAAGAUUCUUGAAAGUGUCGGACUUGGUCAGAGUGAAGUCAGCAACGCACGAAGAGCUUUAAAAGAGAAUGAGGAACGCACAGAAAAACGCAUCGCUCGUAGAAUAAAUGAAGAUAGCGCAAUGACAAAGUGGACUGCCUUAAAAGAUUUUGACGAUGAAAGUGCAGCUAUUCAGAGGGCAAAGGCAACUAGAGCCCGUCUGUCGGACUUAGAAGAUGAAAUGACAGAACUAAGCGAAAGAUCCGCAGCGAGAGAGAAGCGCGCUGCUCGACUCAGAGCACUAGUGGCCGACACAGAGUCUUCUGACACGACCAUGGCUUCCUCCAAGAUUAGCAUCCGCUCCGAACGGGAAAAGAAACAGGUCACCUUC